AUGGAAGCAGCUGCCAAUGGAUUUCACGCAGCUAGACAACGAUAUCGGAAAAGACGAUCUUCAAGGGCCGGGUCAAGUGCAGAUGCUGUCAGAGGACGGAUCUAUUCAAAGAUCUCGGGAAAGGAAUUGGGGCUGACUGAUGAUCAAUGUGAACAGCUAGCAACGGCCUUUUCCAAUAUUCCCGAUAAAUAUUAUGCCUUCGAACAGAUGUUUCUCAACCUUUUCAUGGUAAGAAUCCGUUUGUCUCAUUUACUUAUUUUUCUGUUUUUAAUGUCAUCAAAUUUGCAGAAGGAAGAUCCCCAAUUGGCUGUUGUCUUUGGAUUUGAGGGUAUAAGGCCCGAAGAAUUGAGGAGAAUGAGUCCCUUCCGAACACAUGUAUGCAAAUUCCAAAGGUUUAUGACAACAGUAUUGGACAUGUUGCCAAAAAAGAAUCGGGAAGAAGAACUGAUUCAAAUCAUCAGGUAUAACAAGAUUCGUUUUGCUUAACCUUGGAAGGGCCGCUUGAGCGUUUUAGGGGCGCUGUGUGGGGGAUAUCUACUGAGUACUACUGAAUUCAUUCUAUAACCCUAAAAAGGUCCGGAGUCAAUCGGACAGCUGAUCGAGGAGAAACGGAAAAAUGUUACAGUAACCCAAAAGCAAGGGGCAACCUGGAUUAUGCCUUAUUUUCUAUAGGAAUGGCCGCUAACGGAAAAUACGUGAAAAUUGAGUCUGAAAACGGCUUACAUGUUUACAACCUCAUAGAUUGUUUGGAUUGCAGGACCUAAAACAUUGUGUAAUCACUCACUGAGAGUAUCGACCUGAGAGUUUCAAGUAAAGUGUUCAAUGUCACAGGUGACUGUUGGAGUGAUUAUUCAAUCUCGUUAGCCCCUCAGAAGCCAAGAGUCCCAAAAUCCAAUUGGGAAUUUUUUACAAACAUAGCUCGCGCGUAAGGCAAAAGUAGCAACUAAUUAAGGUGAACCUAGACCAGUUUAUUACGCUCUUUCAAAGGGUGUUUGAAAAACCAGGAGGCGAGCUUUUUCGAUAACUGGCAUACAACAUUUCCUUACGACAUUUACAUGACUUCAUUCCUCUAUGCAAUGUGGAAGGCGAUAGCAUUGAUUGCUUUUAAAAAUAAAGAAAAAAUUUCAUGUUUGAUACAAUCUCUAAAAACUGGUGAGUAUGGCAAAAGAUGUUUCUAAGACAAAAUUUUAUGAUGUUUCUGAUGCGCUAAAACGUAUCAGAAUACAAGUGCAAAGUAUUAUAGUGCGGCAACCCCUACUUUUAUGGGAUACUGUAUAUUUUUAACUUACAAAUUGUUAGUGGCAGCCAUUCUCGACCAAGUGAGGUCGCCGAGAGUUCGGACCAAGUGCAUUCUACUCUGUCAGUAGACAUUCCCCACAUAGCGCCCCUAAAACGUUACAACGGCCCUGUUAAACAUUUGAAAGUUAAGUACUACGUAAAUUUAGAAUGGUGGGACGACAGCAUUGUAAUGUGAAGUUACUUAGUUUUACCGCUCAAAAAUGGUUAUCCUUCAAAAACGGAAUGCUCAACGCCUUGGCCAAGGGAGGGGAAUCGCAUAAAUAUUACAGUAGCUGGAAUAUCCUGAUCAGUUUUAUGAUAUCCGAAAUGAAAGAUGCCUAUCUUGCACACGUAAGUCCAACUACAUAUUUCGUAAGGAAAAUUUUAUUUUGAAAUUUUUUUUCACAGGUGGCUAGCUACCUCUUGUCAAAAAACGGAGUCAGGACUUUUCGGUCCCCCCACUUUCGGUCCCCGCCUUUUCGGGCCCGCCUUUUGGGGUGGGAGACUUUUCGGUCCCCGUCCUUUCGGCUGGCGCCUUUUCGGUCCCUGGGCUUUUCGGGCGGGGACUUUUCGGGUGAUGAGUAAAAAAUUGUACAACAAGAUACUACUGAUGAUGCAAUAUUGUAAAUAAUUUUUAAAAAAACUUUUUCAUCCGGUUUUGGGGUUUUCGACCAAAAAACAGAUUCUUUUAGAUAAGCGUCCGAGAAGAAUCCGAAAAAGAAGUUUACAUUUGCCAAAAAGUAUUUGAAAAAUUAAUUAUUAAUAAUUAUUAAUUAACGAAUUACAAAAGAAAAAACGGAAAAUAACAGUAAUAACACAAUUCGUAAGUGAUAAGAUUACUAGUAAUGAAUUUUCCGAUUUAAUGCAGGAUUUUAUGCCAAUUUCAAUUAGAAAUUCAGCUUCUUCAUGGACGAUUUGAUAAUGUUAAACUUUUAUCACUUCUUCUAAUGUUAUUUUGAAGUUUUGUAUUGAAAAUGUCGCAGGGUGGGUGGGUGAUUCUAACUCGAAACUCCCAAAAAAAACGGAUGAAAAAGUUUUUUUUUUUAAUUAUUUACAAUAUUGCAUCAUCAGUAGUAUCUUAUUUUACAAUUUUUUACUCAUCACCCGAAAAGUCCCCGCCCGAAAAGCCCAGGGACCGAAAAGGCGCCAGCCGAAAGGACGGGGACCGAAAAGUCUCCCACCCCAAAAGGCGGGCCCGAAAAGGCGCCACCCGAAAGAGGGGGGACCGUAAAGUCAGUCUCCCCAAAAAACCUCCCCCCUCCAGACCAAUUCCUCAGCUACGCCACUGUUAUAUACCUCAAAAAAUCCAAAUUGUGAUGAUCAAGAAUAUUUAAAAAUUAGCAGCCCAUUGGGUUUAAGGGGGUCAGGAAAUUAUGGGUGACGCAGAGUCGGGUGGUGCAGGUUCGGGUGAGAACUUUUGGGUGAUCGCAAAGUCGGGAAUUAUCGCAGAAAAAUAGUAUUCACAGAAAAUUUUGAACGAAAUGAAUUCCAUUUUUGGAUUCCUGAUGGCUGAAAACCCCAAAAAGCAUAAAAUUUAAAAAAUUUAAACAAUAUUACGUCAUAUUUUGUAGCCAUUAGUACAAUAUUUUAUAUUUGGUAGCCUUCAGUGCAAUAUUUUUCAUCGCCCGAGAAUUCCCCCACCCUAAAAUUCCAUCACCCGAAUAUGCACCAUCCGACUCUGCGUCACCCAUAAAUUCAGUCACCCGGGUUUAAGGGUCGAAAAUGCCCAACAACUGGCUAAUUUUCUUUCCUUUUCUUUAAGAUUCGUCAACUCCGUUCCAAUUCGUUGCCUCACGUGCUGGAAGCUUAUCGCUUAGACUUCAGAAGAGGGUCCCCCGUCCCAAGCGAUGAAGGUCCCAGCACUUCCAGGGAGGAGGACCUUGCCUAA